UUUUUCAAAUGUAUAAUAGAUGUUUAACACGCAUAAUAUCAAAGAGGGAGCGGGUGAGGUUUUAAUUUUUCGAGUGUCCGAAAACGAAUCCGUUCCAAAACAAUCGUCACGAGCUAAAGGUCAGCCAAUCAGAUGGGCGGAAGUUUAACGUUUCGGUAAUCCGGUUCAGACAUGACAAGUGCGGCCGACUCAACCUGACCUCACUCCUGAUUUUUCUGCCCUGCGGGGUCUAAAAACUACACUUUGCACCGUUUCACCACCGAGCCGGACCGCGUGUGGUGCCUGCCGUGGUGGGCCGAUGCGUGUUACGACUGGGCGCUUUUGUGCAGGAGGAGCUUUUUUCCCCCUUUUUGUGAGCUAGUUUGGUCGGUCAGUCAGCGGGGAUGUUGUGCGUGGGGGAGCGGGAUGAGCAGCGAGUAGCCUGACGCGUCCUCUCACCGCAGGCCGGACGGACUGUUUCAGCAGAGACCGGAGGAGCCAGAUACCCAGACACCCAGAUGGGAGCCAGGAAAGCACCGGGAAGCUAGUGCUAAUAAACGGGGUGCUUGGAUACAGAUAGCCCUGCUCCAAACUGCCUCACCAAUUCCUGCUGGAAGUGAGACCCGACCAGCCUUCACGGUGGAAACUAGAAGAAGAGCAAAGAUGAAUGCCGUGCGGGGGGGCACAGUCACCUGGCGUCCCCAGCCAUGGCAGGAUGGGGAUGGGGGAGGAGGGGAGCCUCUAUCAGACAGCGACUCAGAGGAGGAGGACUUCCCAGAUGACAGCACCACACCUUUAGGAGACUACAUCACACAUGGAUUGAAGCAGCUCCUGGAUGCUCAGCAGCUGUGUGAUGUUACUCUGCUCGUUGAGGGGAAAAAGUUCAUGUGUCACAGAGUCCUCUUGGCGGCUGUGAGCCCAUACUUCAGGGCCAUGUUCACCAGUCCUCUGGUGGAGUCUCGUCUCACUGAGAUUCGACUGGAGGAAGUGACGCCGUCUGUGAUGGAGACAGUCAUCCAGUUUGUGUACACCGGGGAGGCGGGUCUCUCUCUGGACACGGCUGAGGAUCUGUUUGUGGCUGCCAACCGGCUUCAGGUCAUGCCCCUGCAAGACCUGUGUUCCAGGUUUCUAUUUGAGCACCUCUCAGUGGAUAACUGUCUGGGGAUGUACUCUCUGGCUCGCUCUCACCACGAUCAGCUGCUGCUGCGUGCCUCCCUGAGGCUGGUAGCACAGCACUUCCCCCGGGUGGCCCGGCAGAAAGACUUCCUGCUGCUAGACCACGGCACUUUAGGCAGCCUGCUAAGCUCCGACCGCCUGGGGGUGGAUUCAGAGGCGGAGGUGUACGACGCUGCACGCCGCUGGGCAGAGCACCAGCCCCUGGACCGCUACGCCCACAUGCCAGCACUGCUUCACCACCUGCGUCCGGGACUGCUGUCACAGGAAGAGAGCCGAAGACUGAGCCAGGAGUUGGGCCCCGCCGCAGCUGGAGAGGGCCUUGGGGGGCCUCUAAGACCACGGGAGGGCAUGUUUGAGAAAAAAAUAGUGUGUGUGGACCUGACACCUCGGGAAGAUGAGAAUUUAGCUGCCAGAGACUACACAGUGGACUGCUUUGAUCCUCGGACAGGGAAGUGGGAGAAGUUAGCAGCGUUGGGUUCGCUGGUCAGUCCUGGCUGCACAGCUGUGGGUGACAGGCUGUUUGUAGCUGGAGGGAUUCUACGGACAGGCUCUGUGUCUGCAGCCGUGCAUGAAUACGAUGCUGUGUUGGACCGCUGGAUAGAGAGGCCUUCGAUGGCCCAGCCCCGGGCUAUGCUUGGCCUGCUGGGCUGUGGGGACUCACUCUAUGCCUUGGGUGGCAGUAACCGCUCAGCCCUUCUGGACUCCAGUGAGAUCCUGGAGCUGUCUACACUCCAAUGGGCUCCCGGGCCGCGGUUACCGCUCCCUCUGCGUGCUUUUGCCUGCGCAGCGCUGCGCGGACGACUCUACCUUCUGGGUGGAACCACACUGGAACAGAACCGGGCUGUGGUUCACUCAGUGGUUCACUCAGGGGUGCUUAUUUAUCACACCCUGACAGACUGCUGGACACGUGUGGCACUGGACUCCGGUGCCACCUGCCUCGCUGGUGGUGUAGCAGUGCGAGGAGGAGUCUGCGCCAUAGGGGGAUACAUGAGGGACACCACCAAGUUCCUGGAUGGAAACUACACCAACCUGGAGACUUUAGACGCCACAGGGCGCGUGCUGUUUUUCAGAGAGGGCCGGGGGUCUGGAGUAGAGAGGGAAGUGACCGGGGGAGGGGUGAUGGUCACCGCAGAGCAGCGGGGCGGUGCAGGUGGCGGAAGCGACCGAGCCCCAAGCCCUGUGGUUUUUCCUGGGCUGCCAAGGCGGAUCGCAGCUGGGGGGGUGGCCAGGUGGAAACGGAGGAUUUACGUGCUGGGCGGGGAAAACGGCUCGCGGUUCUACGACAGCGUGUACUGCUGGAAGCCCGGCUGGCGCAGCUGGGUCCAGAGACGUGAGAAACUCCCCGGAGACACUGGAGGGGUGAGCCAGUUCGGGUGCACCACUUUAAAAUUCCCCAAGAAACACAUCCUGUCCAGACUGAGACUAGCCAAAGAAAACUGCAAGAAGGCGGCUGACUAGCGCUAGAGGGAGACAAGCCGAGGCAGCCGUUCAUGGAACGCAGACAUGAGCUCUGGGCUGAGUUUGAAUUAGCUCCUCCAUGACCUCAAGAAAUGUUGGUGUUGAAUUGAACUCACAAGGAAAAGACCAUUUUAUACAAUCCGAGAGCAGCCACACAGUCGGCCAACCAUGGACUCAAUGCAAACAGAUCAUGUUCAUUUUGUUAUAGCAGAUUAUCAGAUGUACAGGCAGAUAGCAUGUGGGGACAGAAACGUGGUCAAAGUCAGGCAACACACACCUGAAUGUAACCUAAUUUCUAUUUCUCAGAACAACAAAGUCCUUAAGUGAGAAAAAAAAGGGCCCCUUUUAAAAUUGUUUUCUCAACGUGUAACAUUAUUUUCAGCUUUUUUUUGCCGGUGUAAUAUUUUUGCCAGGAAAGUCAAAGCAGCAGCCUCUAGGUUAGUCACAAACAUAUGCACAUUACAGACUGCUAUGUUCCACUUUCAACAAAACUUAUUAGAAACUGAAACGCAGACAUUCGAUGUAGGAUAAAUGCGUAGGCUUGUGUUGUUUACUUCUGAAAU